UGCCACUGUUGGCAGGAGCGAUAUGGGAAAAGUAUCCUUGGGCGAUGGCUGCAAAGACAAAGGAAUCGUUAUUCAUGAGUUAAUGCACACUUUGGGCUUCCUUCACGAGCAUAGCAGGCCUGACAGAGACGACUACGUUGAGAUAAUUUGGGAAAACAUCAAAGAAAAACACAAACAAAAUUUUGAAAAGAAUUCGCAAGAUGAAGUACAAAACGGAAGUAUAGGCUACGAUUAUAAUUCCAUCAUGCAUUAUGGAGAAAACAAUUUCGCCAAGAAUAGGAGCAUUCCUACCAUAAAACCACUCAAAGAAAAUGUGACCAUUGGUCAAAGGGAUGGAUUCAGUGCAAAUGAUAUUGAAAAAAUUCUUGAACGCUAUGAGUGUGGAAAAGUAAUAACUACGAAUAAUGGGAAAUCGACCACGACAACUCCUACAGAUCGUCCAACUACUUCUGCUAAAACUACUCGAACCAUUCCUACCCUGUCGACUACGACGCCUGAUAGUGGGAAAUCGACCACAACUCCUACAGAUCGUCCAACUACAGCUAAAACUACUAGAACCACUCCUGCCCAGUCGACUACGACGCCUGAUAGUGGGAAAUCGACCACGACAACUCCUAUAGAUCGUCCAACUACUUCUGCUAAAACUACUCGAAACACUCCUACCCAGUCGACUACGACGCUUGAUAGUGGGAAAUCAUCAUCUGUAAAGAUGAAAUUGACGACUGAUGGACAGAAUUCAUCACUUGUAACGGAAGAAAAGACGACUGAUACUCGGAUUUCAUCAUCUGCAAAGGAAAAAGAAACGACUGAUGGUUUGAAUUUAUCACCUGCAAUGGAGGAAGAGACGAUUGAUGGUCGGAAUUCAUCACCUGCAAGUGCAACAACACUUCAAACUACGAGAAAGAUUAUUGCUAUGACAACAGAGACUCAAAAGACAACACAAACAGAAAAUAAAUUGAAAGCUCUGCUGGAAAAAUUAGCAAAUGCUAUUGCUAAAAUGGCGGUAGCAAACGCAAAGACUCCACGAAGCAGGACGACAAUCGACACACUCGCUUUAGUGAAAGGAAAGACAACACUUGGUCUCACUACAAUGACAAAGCUGGCGGCAGCAAGUUUGAAGACGAUGCCAAAACUCACCACAAUACUCUCCAAAAGCACUUCGCAGAGCGAUCCAGGAUCUUAUGGACGUUACAAAAGGAAUGCGCCGCAGCCGAACCGUCCCUUUAUUGAAGAUGACGAAGAAGUUGAACCUCCCCACGUAGAGUCAAGGGUAGAAGUUCCAAUGGAACCUACACACGUAGAGUCAAGGGUAGAAGUUGCAAUGGAACCUCCACCCGUAGAGUCAAGAGUAGAAGUUACAGUCAAAACUCCUACAGUUGAAGAAGGCUUAGAAAUCGAGAAUAAAUUUGUGGAUAAUAAUAAGGAUGUAGUCGAAUCUCCUAAAGUUGGAGAAAUUUUAGAAAAUGACAGUAAAUUUGAGAAUAAUAAUAAGCCUGUAGUCGAGCCUCCUGUAGUUGAAGGAAGCUUAAAAUUUGUCAAUAAAUUUGUGGACAAUGACAAGGGUAUAGUCGAUUCUCCUGUAGUUGAAGAAAAGUUAAAAAUUGAUAAUAAAUUUGCAAUCGAACCUCCUAAAGUCGAAGGAAGCUUAAGAGUUGUUAAUAAAUCUGUCGAAACCAGUGGUACAGUUCUCGAAGAUUACAACAGAAGACUUCUGAUAUGGAAGAAUGAAUACCAACUUUGGUUGAAUUUAUUUCGUAGGGUGAUGGAACAGCAGAAAGCAAUAACAGAACCCAUUAAGGAAUCAAUACAGGCAGAUGAGCUACUCGUAUCCCAAAGUUCUACGGAAAUCACGACUGAAGAAAAUGUUACUCCUACUAUUUUAACAAUCGGAAAGCAGAUUGUUUUAAGAAAUGAUCCUAAAGACAUAAUUUUCUCCGGAGGUCUCUCUAAAAUUAAAAUAUCCACGAAGGAUUCCAGCAGACAAAUAACGCCUGCAUCUGGUGAAUUUAAAACAACGGGAAAUGUUGCCCCUUGUGCAGACACUUCAAAAUGUGUGGGAACCAUCGACACUUCAUCAGAAAGUAUGACUUCUGCAAAUGGUGCACCAUGUACUACCACUUCAAAAUGUAGGACCUCAGGGACAGAUACUUCUUUUAAAAGUGUGACUGCUGUAAUUAAGGUUCCUUGUGCUUCGCCUUUUAAUUGUUUGACUUCCAAGAGUGACACUUUUGCCGAAACUUUGACUACAAUGCCUGAAAGACCUUGCACAAACAAUUCUAUGACUACUCAUGAUUGCAUAAAAUCUGCAACUAGUACAACUGAUGCAAUAAAACUGCAGAAAGGGGUUUCUGAAUUUCAUUUACCCAAAGCCUCAAAUUCAGAUAGCAUUUCUCUAACAGAAGCAUCUCGAAUAACAAUUUCAGAUAAUUUUAAAUCGAUAAGUAAUGAUCCCAGCGUAGUUGCUCCUGGAAGUACGAGAGCUAUCAACAACAUUCCCCUAGGUACAAUAGCAACUGCGAAUUCUGAGGCCAUGGAUCCAAAACUUACGACAGCAGGAAACAGGAAUCCUGGAGCUAAAUUACCUAGAAAAGCAACUUCAGUAAACAUUGUUUCUACAAGCAGCUUUUCCGAUAUAUCUACUUCUGAAAGUUUCACUACUUCAAGAUUGUUCCCAGAAAGUGGAAAUUCCGAAGUAAAUAUACCUGAAGGUACAGCCAAAUGUCGCGUUUGUCUAUUAUGGAAUUUAUUAUAUAAAGACACUACCAGAGCUACUCUUGCAAGAGAAGCAUCCAAAAGUGUGACAUUUAAUGUCAUGGAUUCUACACUUGCGAUCACAAAUUCUGUACACCCUGAAACAGUAUCAAUUGGAGGAAAGUCCUCAAAGAAUAUGAUUCCAACUGGAAGUAUCCUUUUACCAUCUGUUUCUGAAACUGAAACCUCUACAAAUAGCCCUUUUGAGGUGAUAUCGACGGAAAAUGUGAAUUCUAACUCCUUAGCUUCCGGAAUUACGAUCCGAAAUACGAUGAGUCCUGAGUGCGAAUCACUUGGACAAACGACUUUAGGUAAUUUGAUUUGCUCUAGCAGUAAUCCAGAUCUUACAAUUCCGAUAAGCAAAAACAUCAAAGGUAAUUCUCCUACAUCGAUGUCAGCUGUCAGUUUGACCCCUGAAGCUAUAGCGCUGGAAAUGACAGUACCAAAUAUCAUAAAUUUUCAGUGUAAAUCACUGGGACAAACAACUUUAGGUAAUUUGAUUUGCGCUAGCAGUAAUCCAGACAAUGUGAACUUAACACCAAAUGUUCCAUGCGAAGGAAAAUGCAAGGAAUCUAAACCAGGCACAACUGAUGCAAUAUCAUCGGAAAUUGUAUCUUUUAAUCCCCUUGCAAUGACAAGCUCUGAGAAUGAGUUUUCUGAAAAUAGUGAUCCUAGUGACACAACUCCUGACUGCACGAAUUCCGAAAUAGAUGCAACUAAAAUGACAAUAUCAGGGCAAGGAUUACCUGAAACAAGUACACAUGAAAUGAUGUCUACAAGAAUUAAUAUUCCGAAUAAGAAGACAUCGGAGAAAAUGUCUCUUGAAGUAACUACAUCUAAAUGUAAGAUUUCUGCGAAAAAUAUAGCUGAAAAAAAGCAUUUUAAGGGUAGAAGGAUUGAUUUUGUAGAUAAUGAAAACCCUGAAAAGGAUUCGUCCGAUACGAGUAAUAUAGAAAAUAGGGCCAGUCAGCCGAAGUUUCCAGAAGGAAUAUCUUUUAGGAAAGAAAAUUCUGAAGAUGACGUAGUUGACUCAAGUGUAGUUACAACUGCUGACCAUCAUACUACAAGUACUGACAUAUUAUUUGAUUUAGUGGUUGAUCCGAGGGAACACUCCACGUCUUAUCACAGAAUCAGCAUAUAUCGACCAUUACAGGGAAGGUCUGUUUUGAGUAAUCCUGACAGAUAUUGGCCAAAUGGUAUAGUUCCCUACGAAAUUUCAGAAAAAUACAAUGAAAUUCAGAAAGGAUUGAUUUUGGAAGGAAUGGAAGAAUUUAAGAAACACACUUGUGUUAGCUUCGUUGAGAGGAAAGAUGAAACUGAAACUUCAUUUGCUUUUAUUGAACCUGAGGAAAGGUGCCAAUCAGAAAUUGGAAGACAAGCUGGAGCGACCAAAGUGACUCUAAGUGAAGGUUGCUAUCUUCCAGGAACCAUAGUUCAUGAACUUAUGCAUGUUUUAGGAUUUUAUCAUGAACACUGUAGACCGGACAGAGAUUCUUAUGUUAUGGUUUUAUGGGACAAUAUAAUCCCAGAGGCCAUUACGAAUUUCAAAAAAUAUCCCGAGAGCAUAGUAUCGAACUUAAGCGUUGGAUACGACUAUGACUCAGUGAUGCAUUACAGCGCCUAUGAGUUCGCCAGGGAUCCGGAUAAGCCCACCCUGGUGCCCCUGAAGCCUGGUGUUAAGAUAGGGGAAAAGGAUGGAUUCAGCAAGUUGGAUAUUCUGAAAAUCAACAAGCUUUACAACUGUUCGACUAUAAUAGAAGCAAGGGAUGAAGGCAAGGUGAAAGGAAGAAAGAAUGACGAAACAGAAGGCGUGGCUGAAUUGACUCAAACUUUGCUUCAAAAAUUGCUAAAAUAUUUUGAGAUGAAUUUCCAAAGGCUUUUCCGAAGUAUUCUGCGCACAAUUCAAAGAUUCAGACCAAUCAUUCUCAGCAACAAAUUAAAGGAAGAAUGAACACAUUAAGCCAAGAAAAGUUUUAAAUAAAGGCUUCUAAUGCUUCUUUCAUGAAUAAAAACUUAGAGCUACAUGGAGAGAGAAUUUAUUCGUGUGGUUUUAUCAUAAAUUAUUCAUCAUCCAUAAAUUUCAUUACAGACGAACAGAAGGAUUUCAUAGAGAUUCAUCGAUAAAGAAAUUUCCUCUAUGUUCUGUAUCUUUUUUUAAUCUCUGCCACGAUAAAUUUGUCUUUCUAUAUUUUUGAUGUUUUGUUUCAACAAAAUAUAUCUCAU